AUGUUUAGAGAAGAAAAUGUAUACUCUUUAAUAGUUGCAACUUGCAACAGCUGCAAGUCAAUUAAGGAACCGAUCAUCGGACAAGAAAUUGUGUAUAAAGAGAAAAAUCUUAGUCCUCUUGAUAUCAAACAAUUUUCGAUAUUAGAAAAGCUAAUAUGGCUCACCUCCACUAUCAGCUAUGAUGUCAAGGAUCCCUCAACAGGUGAUAUCAAAAACCAAAUAGAAUCACGAGAUGGAGAUGUUGUUAAGGGUUCAUAUUCCCUUCUGGACGCCGAAGGCUUAACAAGACUCGUAAAAUAUUCUUUAGAUGGAGUGAACGGAUUCAAUGCUGUUGUCACACGAACGGGAACCAAACAAAUCUUAGCUGCCCCAGCUCCCACUCUGAUCAAGAGUAUUCCAAUUCUUCAACAACCAACGCUGAUUAAAUCAAUUCCAGGCAUCUUGCAAGGACCAUCCAUUAUCAGGUCUUAA